UCGCCCUAUAAGAACUCCCGAUUAACAACACGAGCAUUCAGAUCCUGGCGGACAUUCGAUCUUGUUCAUUGUUCCCGCUGAAACAUAAUCGCUUCGCUUCUCGCCCAGCAACCAUGAAGACCGUGGCCGUCGUCUUCGUCCUCUUCGUCGCCAGCGCCCUGGCAGAACUUACGGAGCAGCAAAAAUCCGAUCUGUCCAAGUUCGCUGAUGACUGCAUGACGGAGAUCGGUAUCGAGUCUGAAUCGAUCAAGAAAAUGAUAAUUGGCCAAGAACCGGAAAAGAACGGCAAAUUCAAUUGUUACAUGUCCUGCGUUUUAAAGAAGAUCGGAAUUAUACAAGAGGAUGGUUCCAUCAACGUAGACGUUGUCAGACAAGAGGCUCCUGCAGACAUUCCCAAAGAAGCCAUCGAAGAUCUCAUUAGUAAAUGCAAAGACACCACGUUAAAUGAAAUGAAAUCGACUAUCAUUACAGCCGGCGCCGACGAUUGCGAGAAGGCCGGCAACUUGAUAAAAUGCUUCGUGGAGAACAAAACUUUCAACUUGUUUAAUUAGAUCUCGAAAACGCGUCGCUACUGUAGUUGACAUUUUGGCAUUGUUAUUUGACGUAAUUAAGCGGCAUGUACUUAUAGAAAAAAUUCAAUAAACGAAUACUCUGUUGA